ACCACCGACGCACACCGUUUCAAACCUAUGCCGGGGUGUAGGAAUAAAGUACAAUAUAGUAAAAUACGGGACUAGGACUAUAGUGAUAUUUUUUUCUAUUAAAAUGAACCGAAUGUGGACAAUAGGCCUCUUUUGUGCUCUUCUAGCUUUCAGUUCUGUCAGAGCGGAGGAUGAGGUUGACAUUGAUGGGACAGUGGAGAAGGACUUGGGUAAAAGUAGAGACGGCUCCCGGACAGAUGACGAGGUAGUCCAGAGGGAAGAGGAGGCUAUCCAGCUUGAUGGCCUGAACGCAGCACAGAUAAAGGAAAUCCGGGAGAAAUCAGAAAAGCAUGUCUUCAAGGCCGAGGUGAACAGAAUGAUGAAGCUCAUCAUUAACUCCCUGUACAAGAACAAAGAGAUCUUCCUGAGGGAACUGAUCUCCAACGCUUCCGAUGCUCUGGAUAAGAUCCGGUUGCUGUCCCUGACCAAUGAUGAGGCACUCACUGGUAACGAGGAGCUGACAGUGAAAAUCAAGGCUGACAAGGAGAAGAACAUGCUUCACAUUACCGACACCGGCAUCGGCAUGACCAAAGAAGACCUGGUCAGGAAUCUCGGCACCAUCGCCAAGUCCGGCACCAGUGAGUUCCUCAACAAGAUGACAGAGAUGCAGACCGAGGGCCAGUCAACCUCUGAGCUGAUUGGUCAGUUCGGCGUGGGCUUCUACUCUGCGUUCUUGGUGGCUGACAAGGUGAUCGUAACCACGAAGCACAACAACGGCACGCAGCACAUAUGGGAGUCUGACUCCAACGAGUUCUCCGUCAUCGAGGACCCCCGCGGGGACACCCUCGGCAGGGGCACCACCAUCACUUUGGUGAUGAAGGAGGAGGCAACAGACUACUUGGAGCUGGAGACCAUCAAGAACCUUGUGAGGAAAUACUCCCAGUUCAUCAACUUCCCCAUCUACGUAUGGAGUAGCAAGACUGAGACUGUAGAGGAGCCUAUUGAUGAGACAGAAGCAGAUAAGAAGGAUAAAGACCACGAUGAGGUUGAGGUGGAGGAGGAGGAGGACAAGGACAAGCCAAAGACGAAGAAGGUGGAGAAGACAGUGUGGGACUGGGAGCUGAUGAAUGACAUCAAGCCCAUCUGGCAGAGGCCUGCCAAGGAGGUGGAGGAGGACGAGUACAAGGCCUUCUACAAGACCUUCUCCAGGGACACAGACGAGCCCAUCUCCCACAUCCACUUCACAGCAGAGGGGGAGGUCACCUUCAAGUCCAUCCUCUUUGUGCCUGCUGCAGCUCCCCGGGGACUCUUCGACGAGUACGGUUCUAAGAAGAACGACUUCAUUAAGCUCUUCGUGCGUAGAGUUUACAUCACUGAUGACUUCCAUGACAUGAUGCCUAAGUACUUGAACUUUGUGAAAGGAAUGGUUGACUCUGAUGACCUUCCUCUGAACGUCUCAAGAGAAACUCUCCAGCAACACAAACUUCUCAAGGUCAUUCGCAAGAAGCUGGUGCGCAAGACCCUGGACAUGAUCAAGAAGAUCGCAGAGGAACAGUACAACGAGAAGUUCUGGAAGGAGUUUGGCACCAACAUCAAGCUGGGUGUGAUCGAGGACCACUCCAACCGGACCCGUCUGGCCAAGCUGCUGCGUUUCCAGACCUCCAACAGCGACACGGUGCUGGCCAGCCUGGAACAGUACGUAGAGAGGAUGAAAGAGAAACAGGACAAGAUCUACUUCAUGGCUGGGACCAGCAGAAAAGAGGCCGAGUCGUCUCCCUUCGUGGAGAAGCUGUUGAAAAGGGGUUAUGAGGUAAUCUACCUGACAGAGCCUGUGGAUGAGUACUGUAUCCAGGCCCUACCGGAGUUUGACGGCAAGCGCUUCCAGAACGUUGCCAAGGAGGGCGUCAAGUUUGACGAGAGCGACAAGACCAAGGAGAAGAGGGAGGGCCUGGAGAAGGAGUACGAACCUCUCACCACCUGGAUGAAGGACAGCGCCCUGAAGGACAAGAUCGAGAAAGCUGUGCUGUCCCAGAGGCUGACCAACUCUCCCUGUGCCCUGGUAGCCAGCCAGUACGGCUGGUCCGGUAACAUGGAGAGGAUCAUGAAGGCACAGGCCUACCAGACAGGAAAAGACAUAUCCACAAAUUAUUAUGCAAACCAGAAGAAAACACUAGAGAUCAACCCCAAUCACCCUUUGAUCAAAGACAUGUUGAAGAGAAUAAACGAUAAUGCAGAGGACCAGACUGCCUCAGACCUGGCUGUAGUGCUGUUUGAGACAGCCACACUACGGUCAGGCUACCAGCUGGCUGACACCAAAGCCUAUGCAGACAGGAUAGAACGCAUGCUCCGACUCAGCAUGAACGUGGACCUCAAUGAAGAGCCAGAGGAGGAGCCAGAGGAGGAGCCAGAGGAGGAGGUUAAAGCAGAUGAGGAGGAAGAUGAAGAUUCGGGAGCCACAGGAAGGGAUGAGCUGUGAGACGGACUGGGCAAGGGGGGUUGGAGGGAAGGGUGAGGGAGUGAACUGGGGGGGCAGAGAUUUGACUGGAACUAGGUCCAUCUUCUCUGCUGAAAAGGAGCGGGUGGGUGUUUGGAUUUUAGGAGCUUCUGUUUUUGUUUAUUUUCUACAUUCCUACAUGACUGUAAAUUUGUUAAUAUUUAACCGAGCCGGUUAUGAAUGGCUGACUUCCUGUCAUGAGAACUAUUAAAUGUUUCUGGAAAGGUAA